AUGGAAACGCAUGAGGCGAUGGGCGAUCCUCGUUUCGACGGGCUGUUUACGGCUGUGGCUCAGCAAGCUGGCGGCAUCGAUGGUUUGUUUGGUUACUUCUUCGGCUUCCUCCAGCGGAAGACGGACUUCUACUCGGUUGACAAGGCCAGCUGUCGCGCCAUCAUGGACAAAGUGUUCGAGGAAGGCUGGAAGCGCGCGGAGGAGAAGAAGGAGUUGGAGCGCAAGCGCCAGCGCGAGGCAGAGGAAGCCAGACGAAAGAAGCAAGAAGAGGAAGCCAAGCGGAUCGCUGCCGCAAGCGCUGUUCCCUUCUCCCCCACUCCAAGCCAGGCCAUCGGGAUCAACAAAAUCGAGGAGCUGACGGAGGAGGAGGAACGCCGUUUCAGCCCCGACUACAAGCCGCCGCAGGCCUCUCAGGCCAGCACGCCCGCGGCCGCGACAGCAGCCUCUGAACAGAAGACUGCAGAGGAGAUGCGUACUGACGGAGACGAUGAAGAAGAGGAAGAUAAUGAACCACCUCCAGAGGGGAACGGGGGAAAGACAGACAAAUACACCUGGACGCAGACGCUGGGAGUCGUCGACGUGUACAUCCCGAUCCCGGAGGGCACGAAAGCCUCACAGCUGACUGUGCAAAUCGGCGCGGGCACACUCAAGGUUGGUCUCAAAGGCCAGGCGCCGAUCAUCGACGGAAAAUUCCACAUGAAAGUGAAACCCGACGACUGCAUGUGGACGCUGGAGGACAAGAAAGUCAUCCACCUCAACUUGGAGAAAGCCGACAACAUGCGCUGGUGGGCCUGCGUCGUUCAAGGCGACCCUGAGAUCAACACAAGAAAGAUUGUCCCAGAGAACUCGAAGCUGAGUGACCUUGACGCGGAGACGCGCUCCACUGUCGAGAAGAUGAUGUACGACCAGCGGCAGAAGGCCGCCGGGCUGCCGACCAGCGACCAACAGAAGCAGGCCGAGCUCCUAGAAAAGUUCAAACGCGCACACCCCGAAAUGGACUUCUCCAAGGCCAGCAUCAACUGGGGAAACUCGGGAUGGGGCAGCGGCAUCCCCAUGUGA